AAGGCAGAGGAGUUCUCAGCUCCUUCCUUCUCUGGUCUUUACUCUUCUCUCUAAGCCAGUAUGAGUCGACAGUGUAGUUCUAGGUCUUCAUGCCGGAUCGGGGGCGGCAGGGGCUUCAGCUCCGGCUCCGCAGGCCUUAUUAGCUUCCACCGCAAAUCCACCAGCAGCUCUGUGCGCCGUAGUGGAGGAGGCGGUGGUGGGAGAUUUUCAGGAGGCUUCUGCGGGAGUAGUGGGGGUUCUGGUAGUGGCUUUGGAAGUAAAAGUCUUAUUAACCUUGGAGGUGGCAGGAGCAUCUCCAUGAGUGUGGCUGGAGGUGGACACUGUGGUGGCAUGGGUGGUGGCAGCUUUGGUGGUGGUGGCUUUGGGGGUGGCGGUUUUGGGGGUGGUGGUUUUGGGGGUGGUUUUGGUAGCGGUGGUGGUGGUUUUGGGGGUGGUGGUUUUGGCAGUGGAGGAGGUUUUGGCGGUGGAGGAUAUGGAGGUGGUAGAUUUGGGGGUGGUUUCGGGCCUGUCUGCCCCCCGGGUGGCAUCCAGGAAGUCACUGUCAACCAGAGUCUCCUGCAGCCCCUCAAUGUGGAGGUUGACCCUGAGAUUCAAAAGGUGAAGUCUCAGGAGAGAGAGCAGAUCAAGACACUCAAUAACAAAUUCGCCUCCUUCAUCGACAAGGUGCGCUUCCUGGAGCAGCAGAACCAGGUGCUACAAACCAAAUGGGAGCUGCUGCAGCAGGUCGACACAACAACCAGGACCCACAAUUUGGAUCCCUUCUUUGAGUCAUACAUUGCCAACCUCAGAAGGCAAGUGGACCAACUGAAGAGUGAUCAAUCACGGAUGGAUUCGGAACUGAAGAACAUGCAGGACAUGGUGGAAGACUACAGGAACAAGUAUGAGGAUGAGAUUAACAAGAGGACAAAUGCAGAGAAUGAAUUUGUGACCAUCAAGAAGGAUGUGGAUUCAGCUUAUAUGAACAAAGUAGACCUUCAGGCCAAGGUGGACAACCUUCAGCAAGAGAUUGAAUUCCUCACAGCACUCUACCGUGAGGAACUGUCUCAGAUGCAGACUCAUAUCAGUGAAACGAAUGUCAUCCUGUCCAUGGACAACAACCGUACUUUGGACUUGGAUAGCAUCAUCUCUGAAGUCAAGGCCCAGUAUGAUGACAUUUGCCAGAGGAGCAAGGCAGAAGCUGAGACAUUCUAUCAGAGCAAGUACGAAGAGCUGCAGAUCACUGCUGGCAAACAUGGUGACAGUGUGAAAACUUCCAAGAUGGAGAUUUCUGAGCUGAACCGAGUCAUCCAGAGACUUCGAUCUGAAAUUGAUAGUGUCAAGAAGCAGAUUGCACAUCUGCAACAGAACAUCAGUGAAGCUGAACAGCGUGGUGAGAGCGCUCUCAAGGAUGCCCAGAGCAAGCUGAAUGAGCUAGAGGAUGCCAUGACACAAGCUAAGGAGGAACUGGCCAGACUGCUGCGUGACUACCAGGAUCUGAUGAACACCAAACUGGCCCUGGACAUGGAGAUUGCCACAUACAGGACCCUCCUGGAAGGAGAGGAGAUCAGGAUGUCUGGAGAGUGCACCCCCAGUGUGAGCAUGUCGGUGAGCACCAGCCACACCAGCAUGAGCGGAAGCAGUAGCCGAGGAGGCGGAGGAUACGGCUCCGGAGGUGGCAGUUACGGCUCUGGAGGUGGCGGCGGCGGUAGCUACGGCGGCGGCUCCGGUGGUGGCAGCUACGGCGGCGGCUCCGGAAGCGGCGGCGGCGGCAGCUAUGGUGGCUCUGGCGGCAGCAGUGGGGGCCACAGAGGGGGCGGUGGCAGCUCCGGAGGCAGCUACGGUUCCUCUGGAGGAGGCCGUGGAGGAUCCAGCUCCGGGGGAGUUAAGUCCUCUGGGGGCAGUUCUAGCGUGAAGUUUAUUUCCACUAGCUACUCCCGAGGAACCAGAUAAAGAGGUGCUCACCACCCCAUUAGCUCUCCCUUUCCAUCACGACCAAAUAUGGCUGGCAAGACCAAGAUCGGAGAGAAGAGCUAUGGUUAAUCGCACCUAUUCAGCCUAUUUCCUUGCGCUCCCCCCUCCCCUGCUCUGCCUCCAAAGAAGUUUUCAGAUUAGUACCAAUCUGAGUCCCCUGGUAACGACCCCACUUUAUGUUUUGCUCGAGUAAAAGCUCAGAACUGCCACCAUUUACACGACAUUUCAAAGAGGACGUCAGAUCCAGGGCUUCUUUGCUGUGCCCAAAACACUCAAUGCUCUGGACCGCCCCUUAGCAUCCUAUACCCUGCAGCAUGCUCUGCUGCUUUGGUUUUGUACAUAUGGUGUUUGCGAGUCGUUUGUCUUUUAUGGAGCUCUCUGAAACUCUCCCAUUUCUUCGUUUUGCUGCAAUAAACUGCAUUUGAAAUUCUCAA